AUGAUGACCGCCGAUACGAAUGGCGAAGCGACGCCGACGGCGACGAGGAGGACGUUCUACCGCACAACGCUCUUUCAGAUGCUCGUGGUCGGGCUGAUCAGCUUUCUCGCGCCGGGACUCUGGAACGGAGCUCAGGGACUCGGUGCUGGCGGCGCGCUUGAGCCGUACCUCGUUUCGCUUUCGAAUUCGCUCGUGUUUGUCCUGAUGGGCUUUGGCUGCGUCUUCGCGCCCGUCAUCGUGAACAAGCUCGGCGUCAAGAACACGCUCAUCAUCGGCACGCUCGGAUGGUCUGUCUACACUGCUGCACUAUACCAGAACAACCGCUACGGCACCGAAUGGUUCGUGAUCUUCGGCGCUGUCAUCUGCGGCCUGUCGGCCGGGACGUACUGGGCUUCCGAAGGCGCCAUCGUCCUUGCGUACCCCGAGCCGCACAAGCGCGGAAAGUACCUCGCGCUGUGGCUGUUCUUCAAGAACUCCGGCCAGAUCGUCUCGGGCGCGAUCAACCUCGCCACGAACGCUCACAACUCGAAAGGCGGAAAGGUCAACUACAAGACGCUCAUCUCGUUCAUCGCCCUGCAAGUCGCUGCGAUCCCGCUUGCCUUCUUCAUCUCGAACCCGGACAAGGUUCAGCGACAGGAUCGCAGCGAGAUACCGCUCAGCGACCAGACGAGUACGAAGGAGCAAAUCCGGCUUCUCUGGAAGACUUGCUCGUCUCGCAAGGUCGGCAUGCUGCUGCCCGUCUUCUUCUCGUCCUGGUUUUACUGGGGCUACGCCUCGCUUCAUCUCACACUCUACUACUCUGUCCGCGCUCGCGCCCUCGCAUCUUUCCUCUCGGCGAUCUGCGGAGUCAUCGCGACCUCUCUCCUCGGCACCUUCCUCGACUCGCGCCGCUUCUCGCUCGCCUUCCGCGCUCGAGCAGGAGCAGUACUCGUCUUCACGCUCUUCAGCGGCAUACUCGUCUGGGCGAUCGUCGUUCAACACCAGUUCACACAGCACAACCCGGGCAAGCUCGACUGGACAGACAAGUCGGGCAGGUUCAGCAAGGGCUUCGGCAUGUUGAUCAUGCUGAAUGCGAGCGGUAACGCCGUGCAGAACUACCUGUACUGGCUCAUCUCGCACCUCGCCGUCGACCUGGGAGAGACGACUCGCUACGCCGGUCUGCUGCGCGGCGUCGAGUCGUGGGGACAAUGCUGCUCGUUCGGCAUGAACUCGACUCACUUCAACCCGACGUACACGGUCGUCAUCAACAUCGUCUUUUGGGCGGUUUCGCUGCCGUCUUCGUUCUUGACCAUCAUGAAACUCGGCAGGGAGGAAGGGUACGGCGCAGAGCGGGCGGGUCAGGUCGAGGACAUUGAGCGGGAGCGCAGCAUUGACGAGAAGACUGUCGAAGGCGAAGCAGCGUCGUCGAAGGAGCGAGAGGAGGAAGUAGUUUAG